CUGCCCUCAUUCAAGAUGGCCGCGGGCCCUUCCUCCCGCUCCAAACAUGGGAGAACCGGCUGCCCUGACCCAACAUGGCCUCUCCCCUUUCUCAGAGCGCCUCCUAGGCCUCCGCGGUGGCUUCAUUUCCGGGACGGCCCCCCUCGCGCGGCGAUUGGUGGAGAGCUGGGCGCUCUGUGCGCGGCGAUUGGUCGAGGUGGGAGGAAGCACCCGGAAGUGGGCGUCUGGAGCCGGCAGCCUGGCUUUCCACGUGGGUUUGGGAGAGAGAGGAGAGCGGCAGCCAUGGAGGAAGGAAGGGCCGCCGGGCGGGAGGAGGCCGGAGACCCCAAGAAGCCCCGCGGUCUUCGGAUGAAGGGCAGUAUGCAGAUUGAAUGCAUGAACAACAAUUCUGCAGUUCCCAGCACCCUAAAACUAGAGUUCCCAGGGGUCUGGUGGGGGAAGAAGAAGGUCGUCAGGAGAUAUUGGGAGGGCGAAGCCCCCCAAGCCGACCCAGAACAGAGUGGCGCUCGGGGGGCCAAGAAGGCGCGGCAGGAUGAGGCCUCCCCAAGGAAGGCGAUGGGUCCUGGCAGGAAGAAGACCAUGUCAGGGAAGGUGGACCCGUUUCCUGGCCCGGCCUCCGUCAGCCGUGAGCAAGUGCGCAAGUUCCAGCGAGGAGCCGGGGGCCAACUGGGGACGGUGUCCAACAAGCGCCUUAAGCGCCAGCUGGCCAGGCAGGAGGAGAAGGCCCAGGCAGCAGCCAAGCAGGCGGCCCGGAUGGAGAUGCUUCUCCUGGAGGAUGCUGGGUUCCUGGAAGGAGAUGAGGGGGAAGACACCUGCACCAUCGCCCAGGCCGACAUCGCAGAGGCCGUAGACCUGGCCGCCGGUGCAAAGCAUUUUGAGCUGCGGCUGAACCAGUUUGGCCCGUACCGGGUGGACUACACGCGCAACGGCAGGCAUCUCCUCCUGGGGGGCCGAAGGGGCCACGUGGCGGCCCUCGACUGGCACACAAAGGCCUUGAUGUGCGAGAUCAACGUCAUGGAGUCCAUCGCAGACGUGGCGUGGCUGCACACGGAGACCAUGUUUGCCGUGGCCCAGCGGAAGUGGCUCUACGUCUACGACAACCAGGGGGUGGAGCUCAACUGCCUCAAGCGCUUCCACGGGGUCCAGCGGAUGCAGUUCCUGCCCUACCACUUCCUCCUGGCCACAGCGAGCGAGACGGGCUUCCUGCAGUACCUGGAUAUCUCUGUGGGGACGGAGGUGGCCACCAUCUGCACCAAGGGGGGCCGGCUGGGGGUCAUGGCGCAGAACCCCUCCAACGCCAUCGUCCACCUGGGACACAGCAACGGCACAGUGACCCUCUGGAGCCCCAACGUCAAGGAGCCCCUCGUUCGGAUGCUCUGCCACCAGGGGGCCGUGAGGGCGUUGGCGGUCAACGGCUCUGGCACCUACAUGGCCACCUCUGGGCUGGACCGGAAGCUGCACAUCUACGACCUGCGCACCUACCGCCGCCUCCACUCCCUCCUGCUGCCCACCGGCGCCGGGCAGCUAGAUUUCAGCCAGCGGGGGCUCCUGGGGGCCGCAUGCCAGGAGGUCAUCCAGGUGUACAAGGACAUUGUCUCCUGCCCGCCCACAAAGCCUUACCUGUGCCACUCCCUUCCGCGCCCAGCUCACGCCCUGCGCUUCUGCCCCUUUGAGGACGUGCUGGGCGUGGGCCACGGAGAAGGCUUUGCCAGCCUCCUGGUGCCAGGAGCCGGGGAGCCCAACUUUGAUGCCCUGGAGAGCAACCCUUUCCGCAGCCGGAAGCAGCGCCAGGAGUGGGAGGUCAAGGCUCUCUUGGAGAAGAUCCCGCACGAGCUGAUCUCGCUGGAUCCCGGCCAGCUGGGCACCGUGGACAGGGUCUCUCUGGAGCAGCGGCAGAAGGAGCGGGUUGAAAGACUGGGCUACGACCCCCAAGCCAAGGUCAAGUUCUGCCCCCGGAAGCGGACGAAGGGCCGCGACUCGGCCGUGGGGAGACUCCGGCGUCGGAAAAAGGUGGCGGCGGAGGAGCAGCGCGCGGCCAUUCGGAAGAGCAUCUCACAGCGCCAAAAGGGACAGCAGCGACCAUGUCCGCAGGCCCCCAAAGCCCCCCAAGGUCAGAGGUCGGCCUUGGACCGCUUCCAGAAGUAGAAACGGGGCAGGGGGCCAUCUGGCUAGAAAAGAAGAAGCAGCCCCCCCCCUGGGGUGGAAGGAACUCUCUCGGCCCCCCGCCCAGCGGCAGGACCUGCUGGCGUUCCCUCUGCGAGGAAGAGAUGGGG